CUCGACACCAAUUCACAUCGGGAUCGAAAUUCAAAACUCAGCUGUGUCUGAAGGCCGAAAAUGUUUUUAAUCUGGUGUUGAAAAUUGUUGUGAUGUAAAGGCAAGGAAGCCCGUUUUUCAUCCACUGGGAACAAAUUUUUCAAGAUACUGGACGAUAUCAAAACGUUAACAACAUGAAAUACAAUGAUGAUAUAUCUUAGCAAUCAUUGAUGUGCUUGAGAAAACCUCUAUGCUACUACAAAGCAGAGAAUGGCAGAAACGACAAAUGUUGAGACAAAGAGUUUUGACACUGAAGUUUUUAUGGAACACAAUGAUAAUGAGUUGACUUUCCUUGAUAUACCAUGGGAAGAUGUGGUCUUCAAGUACAUCAUGCCCUGCCUCCCUCUCCAAACAAAGUUUCAGAUGAGGAGAGUUUCCAAGCAGUGGCUGGAGAUGGUCACCCUGUAUUUUAGCGUCAACAAGACAGUGAAUACUUGUCGUAUAGCUAACAAAAUGACAGUAGGAGCUCUGUCCAUUAUGACAAGAAAUAACUCAAGUCUUCAAGAUCUUGUAUUGCGCAACUCUAAAGAUUGGCUCACUGAUCCUGUAUUAAUGCCAGUUUUAAAACAAAAUCCCAAGCUUCAACGACUGGAUAUUUCCAACUGCUCCUUUGUAACUAACAGUUCUCUCCAAGUGUUAGGAGUGAACUGUCAGAAUGUGAGAGUGGUCUCCCUUAGUGAGUGUCACUGGGUCAGUGUGGAUGGGUUGACCGUGUUAGCUAUGCAGUGUGUCAACUUAGAAAGCCUCGAUCUCACGGGAUGUUGGGGAGUCAAUGACGAAGCAAUUACACUACUUGCUGUACGUUGUAAAAAGUUGCAGUAUUUAUCAAUGGCCAAAAUCUAUGGACUCACAGAUUAUGCAAUGGCAAUUCUGGCCCGGGAGGCCAUUUCAUUACGUCACCUUAAUAUUCGGGGAUGCUGGAGACUCUCAGACGAUUCUAUUGGGAUUCUAGCAGAAUAUGCAAAAAAUCUGAAAGCUUUAGAGGCGCGUGAAUGUAGAGAUAUUACUGAGAACAGUCUAUAUAAGCUGCGAAAUAGAGGAGUGAAAAUUGACGUGCGACCACCACAACCUCCCAGAGGAUUGGCAGGGCUGCGGCACAGAAGACCAUGUCUCAACAUCCAGAUAUAAAAUUGUUUGUUAUUAAAUCCCCCGCUUGAAAAGCGGAAGAGUAUAUAGUAAACGGGAUGUCUGUCUGUCCAUCCAUCCGUUACGCUUUGGGGUACCAAUCUCUUAUCUGAAACUCUUCUCAUACCACAUAAUAAAAUUUGAUGAGACUUUCACAGAAUCGUUAUUAAAUAUUGCCAUUGUGCACCUCCUAUUUUUUUACAUUUUGAUCCGGCACAUAAUUUGGGCAUCCCAUAGCAAAACACAGACACUGCCAUUACAUUAAUAUGGGGGGUGGGGGGUAUCAUGAUUAUCAUCUAGUGAGCUCAUUGCUCACAGUACCUCUAGUUAUAGUUUAUACAUUUUUCAAAUAACAUGUGAAAGCUAGUAUCAACUUUUGUAUUUUGGGGUACAUGUAUUGCAUACCCAAGGUGUACACAAGAAGGAAGUGACCUCAUUAAAAGCUGGCAGUACCUUUGUUUGGUAAAUAAAGUUGUGAACACAACUUCUGUACUGAUCAGUCUUAGAGUACCAACUAGCACUAUUGAUAUGCCACAAAAGUUUGUGUGCCUAACUCUGCGGUUAACAACGAGAAAUGCAAACCUUGUAAUGAAUAUCAGUGCAUCUAUCUUAAACAUAGGUAAUGAUUUAAUGCAAGGAAGAUUAUUUCUACUUUCUGAAUCUGUAUCAUGCUAUUCAUAAUUGAAUAUUGAUUUUGCUUCCUAUUAGGUUGAGAAAUUUAUUUCAUUAUUUGUUAAAAACAUAAUGUUGACAUCAUUGUAUUAUGCACAAGAGGGUAUCAUAGCCCCAGGUCUCAACAGUGAACAUAAUUAUUGUUGAAUUGUUGUACUUUUUUUAUCUGUCUAUGACAAUUGUUAUGCAUUUAAGAAAUGAGAAAAUUACAAGCAAUUGAUGUAAUAUUUUGUGAAAAUUUAUCAUUUGAUGUUUUUAUUUUGAAUAAAAAAUGUUUACUUUAUGGAA